AUCCGACAAUGUCGUCUAGAUUGUCCCUUCUGGAAAAAUUUCAAGCCCUGGGUUUGUGUGUUGUUUGGACUUACCAGCAUAUGGAGGUGGGUUUUACUUCAUGGUGUAGAUGGCAUGUAGGUGCUGGACCUUCAUCUAAAGGAAUGUGUAACGAAUAUUCCUUCUCUCUGCUCAUGGCGAGGAUGCAACAAGGUGCAAUGCCCGCGACGAAAUGGAAGGAAGCAAGAAGACAAUCAACUUCAGGACGGAUCAAUCGUCGCCUGUACGUCGUGCACUGGCAUCAUGUCGCCUGCACCUACAGCCUAGUGACGUCUGCUUACCCUUUGCCGAUGAGCUUGUCCACUGCUUGAAGGGUGGAAAAUCGGGCUGGCUUGCAAAAAUGGUCUUUGAGGGCACAACGUGCUCUCUGGAAAGCCAAUUGAAUGCCGCAGGCCUGGCCUCUGUUGCUGUUACCUUAUUCAUGUUAACCGUAAGCCGUCGAAGCAGGGAGGGGCCUUGUGGUACCGAAUUUAUUCUUUCCCGCCUUCCGAUGCGAAGAUGUGGGCGGAGGAAUGCAUUCGUACCAUGUUUAUGGAUUGUAGCCUCCAUCAUGACACCAUGGGCACAUACUGCAGCAAUUUUGGUCUCGCUUGAGAUGAAACAUAAGGGACAUCCGUGCAUCACUCGUAUGUAUUCCGCGAUUUGUGCAUAUAGCUUUCCCAUACGGAACAGUGAUCUGGGGAAUGAUACGAUCGAGCCUAAAGUAUAACAGACUUCUCAGAUAAUCAGUCCUUCGUGUCCUCUGCCUGUGACCAAGAAUAUAUUGAAAUAUGCAGAACAUAACUCUGGUUUAUAUGACACCAAGUAUG